AUGAAGAUACAAUACACAGGUCAAACUCUUGCUCAAACAGUCAAGCAUUUCAUUAAAACCAAUAACUUAGACUCAAAACUAUCUGUGGGCAUUGGUACUGAUACGUGUAACCUAAUGUUAGGUGAACAAAAGGGCACUGUAAUGGAAUUGCAAAAAUGUUUUCCAAAUGCUCUAAAAAGCCCAUGCGCAAAUCAUGCCUUGAAUCUUUCGAUUUCAAAAAUCAGCAGUGACCAAGCUGUUAGAAAUACUGUAGGUAUAAUGAAGAAAGUAAUUGCGUUCUUGAAAGCAUCCGCUAAAAGAAAUACAGUAUUGAAAAUAAAACUAGACGGAUAUCAAAUUCAUAAUAUCUUGCAACAGGAGCGUCCUUUAGACACUUGGCAUUUUCCUUUCGAAUGGGCAGGAGUACUGUUGCGAGCAUUAUAA